UCUCAGUUGACAUCGACCGCUUGAGGGAGGCGCGACGAGGGUUAGAUAUCAGCACACACGGAGUUUCCAGAAGUUUUCCACUUUUGAUGAGAAAGAAGGAAAACAUAUAUUUAUUGACUGGAUCAUUUGGACAGAUCGGUGAUUGAGACACAGGCACACACAGAGAGAGAGAGAGAGAGAGAGAGAGAGAGAGAAAGAGAGAGAGAGAGACACACACACGCUGCAGAAUGCUCGCUCACUUGGAGCGUCGGGCUUCGGUUUAUUUCUGCAACGCCAUGAGAGGAAGAAAUGAUCCCGCUAGCUAAUUCUCCAGCAGAUAGAAUUUAUACUGAAAAUUUAACCCUCGGUUGGAAACCGGGACAUUUCUAAAACUCCGAUCUAUUUAUUUAUUUUUUACAACACUAAGAAGGACAAAUCGACCGUUUCGUGUUGUGUGAAAGUGUUAGCUUUAGCUGGUUAGCAAGCCGGUGAAUAAACGCUGCUCAGUGCCACUGAAGUUCAGCGAACCUCAUUGUUGAGGUGACAAUGCUCGAAAUAAUGUCUGAGCACCAAGAUUCAUUAUUGAAACGCAAAGCGGAGCCUCUGCCACCAGAGAGACGAAAGAGAACAGUGGAGGACUUCAACAAGUUCUGCAGUUUUGUCUUGGCGUAUGCUGGCUAUAUCCCAUCUCCAAAAGAGGAAAGGCCUUGGUCUCCAGAUUCCUCCAGUUCACCACACAGCUCUGGCACCUCGGGCGAAGGUGGCGUGGGAGGUGGUGCCAGCUCAAAUAUGUCGGCAAGCUGGGGAGACGGCAACUCGGACCUACACACCAUUCACACUUUCGUGCAGAAAGCCCGCGCCAACAAAAGCGUCAAGACCAUGCAGCGUCUGCCUUCUGAUAACACCCUGCUGGACAAAAUGAGGUUAAAAGACUCUCUCUACAAGGGUCAAGCGAGCAGCAAAGCAGAGCGCAAGAAGGACAAAAAGCUGAAGCGCCUCUCUCUCGGCUCAGGUGCAGGAGACAGCAGCAGUAGCAGCGGGGAAAAGCGCGCCAGAAUCAAGCGCAGCAAAAACUCCAAGCAGCCCAAAAGCCUUAAGAAGCUUAAGAGCUCGGCACUCAGCGAGACAGACUCUGAGACUGGACUUGGCCAUGGAGAGGAGCACGCAGGUCAACCAAGAGGGCUGCAGUCCCAGAGACCCAACCUGGUAAAGUCUGAGCACGACGAAGCAAGCAGAGAUGCUGAAAUGAGCUCCAGUGAAGGGGAAACGUGGAUCGCAGAUGAGGAUAUCAUGGUAGAGUCAGGUGACGACUCGUGGGAUCUGAUCACUUGCUACUGCGGGAAACCUUUUGCAGGACGACCCAUGAUCGAGUGCAACCAGUGCAGCAUAUGGGUGCAUCUGUCCUGCGCCAAAAUCAAGAAGUCCAAUGUCCCAGACAUAUUCUACUGUCAUAAAUGCAGGGAAGCGAGGCGAUCGGGCCAUAAAAAAGACAGUUAGAGAAGACGCCUAAGCCCUGGAAGCGCAACGUUCCCGUCCUCCACUUUUUCUAUUAAGUAUGAGACGAAAUCGCCGACUUUGAACGGCGGUGUUCUUUUGAGACCCGUGAUUUUACGUGUCAGUUCAUCACAUAUUUGACAAUCACAUACAUAGUUAAUAUCACGAGGGUAAUUUCUUCAUGUUUGUAGACAAACUUGUAUGCAUGGCUCUUACUCGGAACACUCUGUCUGCCAGUUUGGUCUGAUCAUCAGGGAGUGUUUAGUGCCGGCUUUGUAGAAGAUUUAAAAGAUGAUGUAUGCCGACGUAAAAGCCUUUUACAAAGCAGAUGUUUAGAAGCUGAGGUUUGUCUUUUUACAUGAAGAAGUGGUUUGUGUAUAAGUUGUUAUUUCUAUUGCUUAUCAUUUUCACACACAUCUCAGUUUCCCUUUCAGAUUUGUGAUAAUCGAUAUUAACAGGUAGCCUUUAUUAAGUGAUUAGCGUGUUUUUUUGUUUUUUUUUAAAUCUCAGUGCAUGUCAGCACCAUGGCAGUCGUGUCAUUAACUAGCACUUAACUAUCAACCCCAGGUCAUUCUGUGUUGGGAACAUGAAAGGUUGGACUUGAAAUGGGAACUUUAAGAUUGGAACUUUAACAUUUCCAUCGGUUGCACUGUUGUCCACUUACCAAGCGUAAGCAGUUUCAAAUUGUGCAUCAUCUAUUUUUCGUUGGUUUACUUUCGAAGGACGUUUUCUGAGACAAAUGAAUGAUGAUUAAGAGCUUUGUAACUGCCACCCAAGUGUUGAGGUUUACUCAAUGCCCCCAAUUUAAUAGAUGUAGUUAUUUGUUCUGUUUGUUUUUUUUUGUUUGUUUUUUUUAAGAGUUUAAUUUGGGUUUUAAUCUCUUGUCUGAGAUCUGGUUAAGAUCACACACACAGAGUGUUAGUUGUUGUGGAGCUGUUCCCUGAUAUGCUGUUUGAAAGUAGUUCGGAGACCAGAUCGUCUUGUGUACAGAAAAGAGUUUAAGCUACAAGUGUUGUGGCAUAUUUUGUUUCUAAUAUGUUUUUUUGUUCGUUUGUUUGUUUGUUUUUUGCGAGGGGUUUCUUGAAAUUCCCAAAACAUAGACCCUCUCCUAUUUUACUCUGUAAAUAUCAUAUCCUUUCAGAACUGUACAUAAUAUGAAAACGAAGAGAAAGCCAAACAAAUGUUAUAUUUUUGGCAUCUGAUGUUUUCUUUAACUGUACCAGAAGAAAUAAAGCCUUUUCUUUAUUGGGUA